UUUAUUGUUGCACACUAUUAUCGACUGACAAACAGAAUAUAAAAUCUUACAUCAACAAAGUGAGCGCUUAUAUUUGAAUUGUUCUUGGUCAUAUUUCUACCACGGUACGACGGAAAUAAAUAUCACGGUUGCGUUUCUAAAAUCAAAUGCCGUAAAUAAUAUUACUCUGGGAACAUUGUUGGCCACAGCCAGGCUCCUGUCGUGGCUGCUUGGUCCACAUGUUAGCUAGGUGGCUACCCAAUACGACAGAGGACUCGUUAUAAUUUAUUUGAAGAGGUUUUGUAGUCGAGGGGGAGCUCUGAGCAACUUCUAAAGUCGUGCUUGUUUCUUUUUCUUUUUUUUUUCAACGGAGUUGCAGUUUUUUUCCGCCGGCGAAGAACAGUCGCUUGCAAUGCAAAGUUAGCGGUCCCCGCGAGUUUCCCAUUGCCUAUCCCUACGGUUCCUGUUUGAAGUGUCGAUCCACCAAACAGCCACCCGUUCACAUAACACUGCGAUAAUGAAGGCAAAGAAAGGCAGCCAUUCAAAGGGCAGCGCCACGUCUGAGAAGUGGAGGGACGUGAGGGGUAAAAGGUGCAGGCCUCCCACCAGCUCCUCUGAUUUCAACUCCACUCCUGCCAUGGUGACGAUGAUCAAGGAGUCCGUGAAGAAGAAGCCCCAUGUGAAGAGACUCAAAAACAAGGCAACGUCUGUCUCCGGGAAGACUGCUCCUCAGACAAAGUUCUUCACCAAUGGUGACAUGGAUUCGGAUGAGUUUCAGGACUGGAAGGAGUACUCUCAGUCCAUCCUAGUGAAUGGGCUAAAGACAAAAGGUACCACAGAGGAUGCGCGUACAUGUCGACUAGAUGGAAAGUCUCUCCAUCAGUGUGCAGAGAGGGAUGAUCAGAGGAAGCAUGCAGUGCUAGUCAUGCAGAAGGGACAGGCCCUGUGUUUCCGUGGGAAGUGUUUUUUGACCUGCUUGUAUGGACGUGUGGAAGUGAUGGGCUUCACCAUUGAGGAGGGCCAGCAGUCGUAUCCGCUGUUCUCUCCCGGCUCACAUUGUCCGUUGACCAUAACGGCUGUGGAGGGCUGCAAUGACAGUGGAGACCACAAGAGUGCGGCUACAAACAUUCUGUGCAAUUACCUACCACCCGCGUCUCAGAAGAAGCUGCUUAAAAAUGUUGUUUCCAACUCCUCCAUCAUCCUUCUGGAGCCUAUGGAGACACCACUGACACACUUCCUAUCGAGCUUCGCCGAUCUCAGUAGCCUAUUCGAUCCCCCUGUGGGAGAACUAAUGUCUGCCAUCCUGGACACGCCGCUAAAUGGCCUGGGGAUGGUUCCCCUGGUCAGCGCCAUCGAGGGCCUAAAGGUGUCACCGAGCUGUCGGGAGUCCAUCGACGUUGUGGUCAAUGCAUGCAGAGGGGACAUGGAUGGUUUUGCUGUCAUCCUCGUGUCCGGAGCCAAAAACGUUGGCAAGUCCACAUACAUCCGCAUGGUCAUCAAUACGCUCCUAAAUCACACAACAAGUGUGGACUAUUUGGAAGCGGACCUCGGGCAAACAGAGUUCACCCCGGCGGGUUGCUUGUCUUUGUUGACUGUCACAGAACCUCUCCUGGGCCCCCCCUUCACACAUCAGCAUGACCCCGACCACAUGAUCUUCUACGGCGAGUCAUCAUGCGAAUCCGACCUAAGCCGCUACCUGGAAAGCCUCAAGUCCUUGUGGCGCAAACGUUCUCCCAACAGAGAGACGCCCAUUCUCAUCAACACCAUGGGCUGGGUUAAAGGUUUUGGAUUGCAGCUGCUAGUGGACAUGCUCCGUUUCUUCCCGGUGUCACACGUCAUCCAGCUGGUUCAUGGCGGCACCGGCCCAGGUCAAUGCCCUGCCCUCACCCCCGAGUUUCUGAGGACAGCCCACGGCUUCCACACGAACCCGCCAGCUCAGACGGCGCUGGACGAGUUCACCGAGACCGCACACAGCUCACCACGCAGCUACAUUCACAUGAGCGUUGAGUCCGAUUUUGAAGGCGCAGGCUGCCAGGGGACGGCGAAACAUCAACGCUCCAAUGAGCAGCGAGAUCUGUCACUGCUGGCCUACCUCAGUCAGCUGCAGUCGGCUGAUCCAGGACCUGUGAGACCUCUUCACUCCCUCAUGCCUUACCAGGUGCCCCACACAGACGUGGCUUUGGGCGUGGUCCAUUUUGACGUGGCGCCCAGUGACAUGUUCUAUGCUGUCAACGCUGGCCUGGUGGGACUUUGCUGCCUGGCAGAGAAGGUGACUAGCAAAGGAGGUCCCGUCCUGCUGUCCCAGGCCCCCAUCUGCCCCUGCGUGGGCUUGGGCAUACUGCGAGGGAUUGACAUGGCGCGAGGCCUCUACUUUGUGCUGACGCCAAUAGAUCCCACCGUGCUACGCAAGGUCAACUGUCUUCUCCUUGGAGCCAUGUCGUUGCCCUCCUGUAUCCUGACGGCACAGGGCAGUUUCCAGGGGGAGCUGCCAUACGUCACGUCAGAUUACAGCUUUAACCUGACCGGUGCUGGAAAGCUCCGGGUCUUCAAGGGACUGCAGAGACCGAGUCAGACGGAUACGUACUGAUGAUUCCCGGUCAACAGAAGUGAGGUUUCCAGCCGGUUGAGACCCAUGAAGGACAGCUGUCAAGGAGAUAAAGACAGGCUCAGCUUUACGGGGAGUGAAUCACUGCAUCAAUGCCUUUCGACUUCAAAUGCGACCAACUGAUAAAUGUGACUCAAUGGAUGCUGACUUGACUUCAUGGAGCACCACAAGUCGUCCAGAAUUGUCAAGCAAAAAACUCUUGUUUGGUUAAACCCUGCGUGUCAAAGCUGGACUAAAAAACUUCAUUUAACCACAGGUAGUGGCAGUGUUUGAUUCUGUCAACGAGUACAGUAUUUGGUAUAGUAUUAGUGAUUUUUUUUUUUUUUUUUUUUUUUAACAUCCAUUUUCUGAGCCGCUUAUCUUCACGAGGGUUGCGGGAGUGCCGGAGCCAAUCCCAGCUGUCAUCAGGCAGGAGGCGGUGAGAACAUGCAAACUCCACACACGUGGGGCCGGGAUUUGAACCCGGCUCCUCAGAACUGUAUGGCCAAUGCUCUACAGCUGCAUCACCAUACCACCUUGUUUUUUUUUUUCAGUGUUGCCCUAAUACUCCGACCUGUACCGCAAUUCCUGGCCUACAGAGCGCACCUGGUUACAAGCCUCACAGAGUACAUUUGGAGCGUGUGAAAAAAGUCGCGGCUUGUAGGCCGGAAAUUACGGUAAUUCAAUUUUAAUAAUAGAUCGACAGAUAAAGUUCAUUUAUCUACAGAAGGGAAUUAAAACAUUGACUCGGCUUCUCACAUUUAACAGGAGACAAUAAACUAAAAGUGCAAUGAGAAGGCACUAUUUUGAGCAAUGUCCUUAUUUCGCACGU